CACAUUUCAUUCAAUCCCGCUGUUAAGAUUGAUUGCCACACACAAACACAAACAGAGAGAACCCGAGACACACACACACUCUCACUCACACAGAAGUGUCAUUCAUUCAUGGCUAGCAUGGCAUCAGCAGCUUCUGGAUUUGUCAUGUCACUCAACAUUGCUGGUGGCACCACCACCAACAACACAUCAGCUUCAAGGGUCAUGUUCCCUUCUGUGGGAAAGAUCAACGGUUCAAGGCUUGUUGUCAGGGCAGCUGAUGAAGCUGCUGCACCCGCCACCGCCACUCCUACGGCGGAGGGUGAUGCAGCUCCAAAGCCCAAGCCACCACCAAUUGGCCCCAAGAGAGGUUCUAAGGUGAAGAUUCUUAGGAAGGAAUCCUACUGGUACAAAGGCACUGGUUCAGUAGUUGCUGUUGAUCAGGACCCCAAGACUCGCUACCCUGUUGUGGUUCGAUUCAACAAGGUGAACUAUGCAAAUGUAUCAACAAACAAUUAUGCUCUGGAUGAGAUUGAAGAAGUUGCAUAAGUCCAAUGUACUUGUAAUUUUGACUCUUGUCAUGCUAUUGCAGUUACUAGCCUAAUGUAUUUUUAUGUCAGAAAAAUGAAUGUGUAUCAUAUUUUCUUUA